UUGUGGGCCAGGAAGGAUCAGGAUCAUGAAGUAGAAUUUAAUUAAUUGCUACCGAGUGGAUGCCAGGCCUUGGCUGCAGUGUGGGGAGCCUUACUUGGGGUGUAGAGAUGAUAGCCAGGGGGAUUCUCAGGAUGGAGUACAGAGAAGAAACCGGAAUGGAAAUCACAGCAAAGGACUUGGAGGGUACAUGAGAACACCUGAAGCAGAGACGCGAACACCAGGCCUCAGAGGAAAACCGCAGGCAUCAGAGCAGCAGGCGCGUGAGGAGCAGGUUUGUCGCAGCCGCCUGGAGACCCGCGAGCCCCAGAGCGCAGGCGCGCCAGGGAUUGUGGGAAACCCACGCCAUUGUUCUGGUGGGCAGAGGCCAGUGAGGACCCGGCACGCUGAGGCGACCUGUGACAGAAAGAGCCAGAAACAUCCCAGAAGCCAGCAUUUAGGUGGAAGAGAUGGCUGGAGCUGAAGAACCCACCUGUCCUCACCCCAGCUGGUUUGGUUUCCUCACCUGAACUGCUGAGCUGAGCCCCUGCAGGGCUUUGCCAAUGGAUGAGAUAUGGUUCUGAAACCUGAAUCCAGGCGAUGAGGCUGAAAUUUGCUUGGUCUGAGGUAUGCUAAUUGGCCAGCCAAUGCUCUAGGAAGAUAUUGAGCCCAGGCCACAUCUUAUCUUAAUACUACUGAAGACAGGUUGUGUAGUUGGACUUUGAAAGUAGGCUUGUAGUUAUAGAUGAUGCAACUUGCAAAACAUUCCUGAAAUGUGAAACAAGAAGAACAAUAUUUAAAUGUAAUAUAAUCAUAUACCUCUUUAUUUAUCAAAGUGGCUUCUUUCCACUUUUUUUCAUCUGUGCUCCUAUCUUCCAUCAACUGUUGGGUAAACCAAACUGUGUAGGAAGAAAUAAGUGUUUUUCAGUCAUUAUUCUCUGCAAUGGGAGUGCUAAGGUUCAAGCGCAUCUUUUGUGGGAGCUUUGUGGAGUUCAGUGGAGCAUCCCAGGCAGUGUUCACCUUCCUUUUGAUUCCAUGUUGCUUGGCUCUGGAUUUCAGAGCACCCCCUCUUAUCCCAAAUGUGCCUUUCCUCUGGGCCUGGAAUGCCCCAACUGAACUUUGUGUUGGAAGUUUUGGUGAGCCACUAGAUCUGAGCCUCUUCUCUUUAGUGGGAAGCCCUCGGAAAAACAUAACAGGGCAAGGCGUUACAAUAUUUUAUACUGAUAGACUUGGCUACUAUCCUUAUAUAAAUGGGAAAGGCACAAGUUUGAACGGAGGAAUCCCCCAGAAGGGGUCCUUAAAAGACCAUCUGGACAAAGCUAAGAAAGACAUUCUUUAUUACAUGCCAACGGACAAUGUGGGCUUGGCUGUCAUUGACUGGGAAGAAUGGAGGCCCACUUGGGAAAGAAACUGGAAACCUAAAGAUGUUUAUAGGAAUCAGUCUAUUGAGUUGGUCCAGCAACAGAAUAUACAACUUAAUGUCACAGAGGCUACCAAGAUAGCCAAGGCUGAUUUUGAAAAUGCAGCAAAGAGUUUCAUGCAAGAGACUUUAAAAUUGGGGAAAUUACUUCAGCCAAAUCAUGUAUGGGGUUAUUAUCUUUUUCCUGAUUGUUACAACCAUAAUCAUAGAGAACCCAAUUUUAAUGGAAGUUGCUUUGAUAUUGAAAAGAAAAGAAAUGAUGCUCUUGACUGGUUAUGGAAGGAAAGCACUGCCCUUUUCCCAUCCAUUUAUUUGAACAGCAGCAUAUCUCCUCGAAAAAGUUUGCUCUAUGUUCGUAAUCGAGUUCAUGAGGCCAUUAGGAUUUCCAAAGUACCUGAUGUUGAAAGGCCACUUCCAGUUUUUGUAUAUGCCCGCCUAGUUUUUACUGAUCAAGCUUUGAAAUACCUUUCUGAGGAAGACCUUGUGAAUACACUUGGUGAAAGUGUGGCUCUGGGUGCCUCUGGAAUUGUAAUAUGGGAUAGCCUAAGUAUAAUGCGGAGUGUGAAAUCUUGCUUGAACCUGGACAAUUACAUGAAGACUACACUGAAUCCUUACAUACUCAAUCUCACCCUAGCAGCCAAAAUGUGUAGCCAAGUGCUUUGCCAGGAGCAAGGUGUAUGUACAAGGAAAAACUGGAAUUCAAGUGACUAUCUUCACCUGAACCCAGCGCAUUUUGCUAUUCAAAUUGGGAAAGGUAGAGAGUACACAGUACUUGGAAAACCUGCACUUGAAGACCUGCAGCAAUUUUCUGAAAAAUUUCGUUGUAGCUGUUAUUCUACCUUGGGUUGUAAGGAGAGAGAUGAUAUAAAAGACAUUAAUGCUAUUGAUGUGUGUGUUGCUGAAAACAUUUGUAUAGAUGCCAUUCCAAACUCAGAACUCAGUGGUCAGCCUUCCAGCUGGAAUGAAAAACCUUCUUCCACUCCCCAUACUGUCUCAUCCUCCACACCAUCUGCCAUAGUUUUCUUUGUUAAUAUUUUGUUUCUCACCAUGAGCUCUUCUAUAGUGAAUUUGUAGUUGUACAUUUUAGCUAAAAUGAACAAUAUGUCCAUUUUAAAGCAUGCUUUUUAGACCAACUAAAUGUCUGAAAACAACAUGCCUCACUGAAACGUCCUUUUUGGAAAGUUCUUUCUAUACCUAAUGAAUAGUGGUUUCCUUUGACCUUGACAAACACUGCAAUCUUGUAGGAAUUCUCAACCAUGAAUUCAAUUUGUAUUCCAGGACUCAACAGUUUGCCUAUCAGUAUUCUAUAGCUCAGAGCUCACAAACUCAUAUUAUCUGUUCCACUUGUAAAAAUGCCACGAUUGUUUCAGCACAAUCAUUUGCACAGUAUUGACAUUUUGAUGAAAUUACAAUUUGACAUGGAGUGAUUAAGAACUUGAAAGUGAAAACCUAUCAAUAAAACUCAUCAAUAAGAUUUAGAGAACCUGGAUAUUUCUCUUUUCUCAUCUGCUUAUGAGAGAGAGAGAGAAGAAAACAAAAAGAGGGAAGAGUUAAGGGAAAAGAACUAGAAUUCCUUACAUUCUCUAGUUCUACUGAGGACUCUUAAUUUGCACAGGAUUGAAAGGAACUUGUGUUGCGUACACAGUUAGCCUUCAACUCCCUGUAAAAGCCAAGAGCAGAGUGGUUGUAGUUGAAUGCCUUACUUGAUCUGACUUGUACAAAUGUUACUGUCAAUUCCUUCUCCUUUUCCUCCAGACUUCCUUUUAGAAACAAGAGAUGAAGCCACAAACCAGUUUGGGAUAUGCCAAAUCCACAGUUGGCUAGAUACUUGGAUUAUGGUACAAUUAAAGUCACUAAAAUAUUUUUUUUUGAGGAGAAGGAAAGAGGAGUUAUUAAUUUGCCAGCAAACGAGGAGAUUGGCAGACUCCCGUCUCAAAGUAUCAACAUCCUCAAAGUCACUAACAUCUUAAACUCUUUGAGGCAUUGAAUUUCCUGUGAGGGAAAAGGAAAAUAUUUUAUUUGUUAUAGACAUCAUUUCUUUAUACUUUAGCUUGUUUAAUAUCUGAAUUGAGCUUCAAAAAGCAAUAAAAAUGAUUCAAAUUAUUAUUAUACAUUUUUAACUCCAAUAAUUUUUUAAAAAUUAAAACACUUGUAUAGUUUUUUAUGUUAGCUUAAAAUCUUUUGUAUUCUUUCUUGUACUUUUAUUUUUAGUUGCUAUGCAAUAAUUGUACAUAUUUAUGGGGUUCAGAGUCAUUUUGAUAUACAUGUACAAUGUGUAAUGAUCAAAUCAGGGUAAUUAGGGUAUCUGUCACCUUAAACAUUUAUUUUUUCUUUGUGUUGGAAA